UUCGGUUCGGUGAGGCAGCAACUGACGAGUUUGACGAGUUAUUGCGUUUCUUAGAAAAGGAAAGGAAACCACCAUGUCGUAUACUAAGUUUGUAGCAGCUCUUGUUAGGGUGAAGCCGGGCAAUGUCAGUAAAAUACGUAUUUCACCUGGAAGAUGUCGGUCAACAGUAGCAUCCACCAAGACCCAAGAAGAGAAAGAGCAGCAGAUAGAUGGGUGCACCGUGGUGGAAGCUCUGCCGGUUGAACUAAUCAGCCAGACCAAAAAUGUUAAUAACACGCAGUUAAAUAAGAUCCAUAUUGACUUCGACAACACCAAGGAAGCCUACAGAAGCAAAGGUAACAUUGAACUGCUUCGAAGUCUGCUGGUCUUCAAGCUAUGUACAAUUGACUUCCUCGUUGAGAAAAACAAAGAGCUGAUGGAUCUGAGUAAGAAGGUGCUUGGUCAGUGGAUGUUUGAAAAGAUGAUGAAGAUGACCUUCUAUGGCCAGUUUGUGGCCGGGGAAGACCACAACUCCAUCAAACCUUUAAUUCAGAAGAAUCAGGCCUUUGGUGUGGGAGCAGUUCUGGACUACAGUGUUGAAGAGGACUUGACACAAGAAGAGGCAGAGAAGAAAGAAAUGGAUUCAUGUGUUUCUGAAGCAGAGAAAGAAAGUCCAGGUGCUGAUCAUCGUGAGAAGAAGUACAAGGCCCAUCGUCAGUUCGGGGACAGGCGUGGAGGGGUUAUUAGUGCUCGUACCUACUUCUAUGCAGAUGAGUCCAAAUGUGACAACCAAAUGGAGACAUUCAUAAACUGCAUUAGAGCCUCUGGGGGAGCCUCAGCAGAUGGAUUUUCUGCCAUCAAAAUGACAGCUCUCGGACGGCCACAGUUCCUUCUCCAGUUUUCAGAAGUCCUGGUUAAAUGGAGACGGUUCUUCAACUUCCUCGCAGCACAACAGGGAAAGUCUGAUAUGAUGGUUUUGGAACAAAAACUGGAGCUGGAAGAACUCAAGGAAAGUUUGACUACGAUGGGCAUUGGACCCAAGGAUGACAUAGAGAAUUGGUUUACUGGAGAGAAACUGGGUUUGUCAGGAACGAUAGAUCUGCUGGACUGGAACAGUUUAAUAAACGAUACAACAAAAAUCUCCAACCUGCUUAUGGUGCCAAACCUUGAGACAGGCCAUCUGGAGCCUUUGCUGAACAAGUUUACAGCUGAGGAGGAGAGGCAGAUGAAAAGAAUGCUACAGAGAGUGGACGUCCUGGCCAAGCAUGCCGUGGAAAAUGGGGUCAGGCUGAUGGUGGACGCUGAGCAGACGUACUUCCAACCAGCCAUUAGUCGACUGACCCUUGAAAUGCAGAGAAUUUUCAACAGAGAAAAGCCAAUAAUUUUCAACACCUACCAGUGUUACCUGAAGGAAGCCUAUGACAAUGUAACCGUGGAUGUUGAGCUGUCACGACGUGAGGGCUGGUACUUUGGUGCCAAACUGGUCCGCGGAGCCUACAUGUAUCAAGAGAGAGACAGGGCCCAAGAGAUUGGCUACGAAGACCCAAUAAACCCAGAUUAUGAGGCCACGAACAGGAUGUACCACAAGUGUUUGGAGUUUGUGCUGGAGGAGAUCGAACACAGCCGGAAAGCAAAUGUCAUGGUGGCAACGCACAACGAGGACACAGUGAAAUUCACAUUAGAAAAGAUGAAUGAGAUGGGCCUUUCACCCACUGAGAAUAAAGUUUACUUUGGACAGCUGCUGGGCAUGUGUGACCAGAUCAGCUUCCCGCUAGGUCAAGCAGGUUUCCCGGUCUACAAGUAUGUUCCUUACGGCCCAGUCAACGAGGUAAUCCCCUAUCUGUCUCGCCGCGCUCAAGAGAACCGUGGCUUCAUGAAGGGAUCUCAGAGAGAGCGCAGCCUGCUGUGGAGGGAGCUGAAGCGCAGGGUGCUGGGUGGACAGAUUUUCUACAAGCCUGUCUACUGAUUCACUGGAACUCAACAUACUAACUGCAGUAUGUCUGUAAGCAUUCCAACAGAUUUACCUUCUAACUGCUGUUUGUAGAGGAAGAUUAAUGCCCUGCCUUGGUUUAUUAGUCUGCACAAUAUGGAGGAAAGAUUAGCAGUUUUAUUGAACGAUAUUUAAGGUUGAUUUUGUUUUAAGCAGUAUAUUUAAUACAGAAGUGUAUAAAACACUACCAUAAAGAUGAGUGUUGAGAUACAUGUGCUGCUCAAUUAAGAAAUAAUGAUUUUUGUCUCUAAAUCAGAAUUUGAUUAUUUAACUCAAAUUCAGUUCUCAAAAUCAACUCAACAAAAUACAUUUGCUAAUUUUUUAAAGAACUGUUUAUGCCUGUAAACAUUGCUGCUUUCUGAUUUACAGCAUGGAACUAUUCAGUAGAGGCUAAGAAAAGUAAACUGUGUAUGUAUAGAUACCAAAAGUGACUUGUAUAUAAAUGUGUAUGUCUUGUGCUUUUUAAAAAGAUCCACUGUUUAGCUGUCACUCAAGUGCCUUAUGAUUGUUUUCAUAAAAUGAACUGGAAGCAAUCAGACUGUA